AUGCCUGUACAUUAUAAAAACUUUGGAAAUUUGCAGGUUGCAGGAGGUAAUAGUGCAGUGGGUUGGGUUUUGGGACUUCUCGGUACAGGCAAUGACCUUUCAAGAACUUUCGGUUGGGGUGGUUCAAUCCUUAUUUAUUGGAAUUUCGUAGUCAAGAAGACUCUCGACAAUGCCUGCACAGGCAAACUCUGUCGUUUGAACAGUUGGAAACUUUCGAUGUCAAUGCCUGAUGAGAAGCUUGUGGAUCCACCUUAUUCUCUUAAAUUAGAACAAAUUCUAUUGCAUCAAACCCUUUGGAUACUAUGAACAUCACAGUUGUAAGUGUAAUAUUUAUAAAUUUACUUUUAAUUUGUUAAUAUUUGCCGGU